AUGUCUUGCAAUUCACAGAACUGCUGCCAGUCUGGUUGCUACAAAGACACCAUUCUCGAUGACAGAGAAGAAGUGUCCCUAGCAUUGACGAAUGCACCCAAUGAGAUGCCAUUCAAUAGUGUCUCUGCAGGUAGUGGAAGGAACCACCCAGAAAACUCUGUUCUGUGUGUCAAGUGUAAGCUCAAUGAAUCAAUGGCCAGCACCUCGGCUGAAUAUAACACAGAUAGUGACAUCAGUCGGUUCUGUGGUAAUUGUUUCCGGAGCAAUCUUUAUGGAAAGUUUAGGCUUGCAGUCUCUUCAAAUGCUUUGAUUUCACCUUCUGACAAUGUCCUUGUUGCUUUCUCUGGUGGAACUUCUUCUAGGGUUGCACUGCAGUUUGUUCAUGAGAUGCAACUGAAAGCGCUAAAGAAUUUUGAAGCCAGUAGAGAUAGAUCAUUACCUGUAUUUGGGGUUGGGGUUGUUUUCAUUGACGAACGUUCCAGUCUUGCUGUACCUACACUUGAAUUUGACAAAGCAAUUGAAGAUAUGAAAUUGAUUGUCUCAAAUAUAGCUCCUCCAGCGAAAAAGCUCCACGUUGUUCCCACGGAAGAUAUCUUUCCUUUGGAUUCCAUUGAUGGAAGAGAGAGAUUUAAGGAGCUAGUGGAUGCUGUUCACGAUGAUACUGGGAGAGAAGAUCUUGUGAAGUAUCUGAGAAUGCUCUCCUUGCAAAAGGUUGCUCAGGAUUAUGGAUAUAGUAAAAUUGUGCUGGGAACUUGCACAUCCAGGAUUGCCUGUCAUGUGCUUGAAGCAACUGUGAAGGGACAGGGUUACUCGUUGGCUGCAGAUAUACAGUAUGUAGAUGCAAGGUGGAAGAUACCAGUGAUACUUCCCUUGCGUGAUUGCCUUUCUCAGGAGCUAAACAUAUUAUGCAACCUUGACAGCUUGAAGACCAUAGAUGCUUUCAAAGGUCACCAUUCUGGCAUCAAUGCCUUGAUUACCUCGUUUGUAAAACUACUGCAGGCAGAAAAUCCAUCUCGGGAAAGCACAAUUUUCAGAACAGCCGGAAAGCUUACUCCUUUCCGUUUCAAUAGAAUGCCUGAAGCGGAUGACUUAAAUUCAAAAUUGGCAACUCAAAGGCGGCAGAAAAAAUAUAAUUUGAAACCCAAUGAAUCUCUUCCGCCAGAGUCAUUCUGUCGAAUCUGCAAUGCUCCUCUCAAAUUAUCUGAUGUCAAAAGUUGCAAUUUGGAGAACGGAACGCUGUCAGCAGAGGUUAUUAGAGAUAAAUGCUGCAUGAGUUGCCAGUUUCAAGUUCUGCCCAAGGAUACUUCGGUUCUGGAACAAUUUUUCUCACUUUUUCCUCAACAAAUGGAAGUACAGACUGAAUAUAACAGCAGCAGUGAAGAAAGACUUCAGACACUGAGGUAG